UCAGGCAGGUCUGUUUGUGGUACAGCAGCACUUUCCACUCGGUCUUUUGCCCAGCCACGAUGCCAUCGCUGCAGAGCCCGGCUUUGCCGUCCGAGUCGAGGCCACACCGUCGACAACGGCGACGGCGACGGCGACGGCGACGGUGACGACGGCGACGACAACGGAAGAAGGUGAAGGUGACGACGAAGAAGAUGAGGAAGACGACGAAGAAGAUGAAGCAGAAGAAGAAGAUGAAGAAGAAGAGGAAGAAGAAGAAGAGGAAGAAGAAGAGGGAGAGAGAGAGAGAGAAAAGAAAGUGGAGACUGGCCGAAUCGAGGUGGACGUCGAGGCGGUGAGGCGUGGAGGCGAGGAGACGAGGGCGAUUUGCCGGGACGACGAGAGACACGAUUGUCCCGUGACGGCCAACUUCUUCGCCGGUCAGUCGACGGGCCACUUGGCCGUCGGAGCGGCGAGGCGGCGAGACGGGAAAAAGGCGAAAGAGAUGACACCCGCAACGGCGACGGCGACGGCGACGAGGCAAUUGGAACUGCUGCGCUACCUGCCUCAGCAACAGCAUUUGUACCCGCACCAACCCCAAUUCCACCAGUUGCCACGUGGCCCAGAAGUGGAGGCGCCCGAUUAUUUGGUGCCGGACAUGGACCGGCGCGAGCAUCGCCUCUUCGGUUCUGGCCAGAGUCACGUCUACGGCGACGGCGAUGGCGACGGCGACGGCGAGGAUGGCGAAAACGGCCGGCUCGGUGUAGCCUCGAGGUUUCUCGGUCCGGGCUACUUGGACGCUCGACUGGCCACCGAGGCCAGACAUUCGGCGCCGCUGGUACCAGUUCACGGUUCGACGACGUCCGCCUGCGACCUGGUCGUCUUCGAGCCCGCGCCUUUGGACUAUUUGGCCGCUUGUCGACUCGGUCUGACCUCGGCUUUCUCCAACCUGACCGGCCGGCUCGACGACGUCGUCGACGGCAACUCGGAGACGCAGCAGACGGAGGCUCGGACAACUUUGACACAGCCGCCGCCGCCGCCGUCGCCGAUGACGACGACGACGACGACGACGGCGACGGCGACGGCAACCGCAGAAACGGCGACGGCGACGGUCGGUCGGUUCGUGUCGAUCGGUUUCGACGAAGUCGACCAGACGACCGGCCAGCCUGAGGGUCUACAGCAUGCGGGACAUCAGAACAUGCCGUCGACGUUGGAGAGGAAUGGGACUUUCUAUGUUUCUGGGGCGGCAGACGCUUCGCGUGUCUUGGGCUACUCGGACUCGUUGGCCGUCGACACGGCCGGACUGAGUGGCCUCAAUCUGUGGCCAGCUUGUCACUUGUCCGGCCGACCGCGGCACCAACAAAACGGUCUCAUGUGUCCGCCGGAGCAGAUGGAAGUGGACGAAGAAGACGAGGAAGAGGAGGAGGAGGAGGAGGAGGACGACGACGACGACGACGACGAUGACGACGAUGAAGAUGAAGGCGACGACGACGACGAUGAUGGUGAAGAAGGCGAGGAAGUGACAGGUGUUGGCGAGCGACCGGCCAACUCGCGCAGAUGCCGCGCGCUCAGCGACUUUGCGAUCGCCGUGCCAGCAGCCGCGUCGACGUCGACGUCAACGUUGACGUCGACGUUGCCGAAGGCCGAUCUGUUGAUGGAUCCGUCCGCGGUCACGUCGACGCAACAUUCGACUGGUCGCCUCGACUACUCGAGGCAGACGCGAGCGCCGAUUUUUGCCUCCAACUCUCUGGCCACGGGCUACCUGAUCGGCUUGACCGAGGCCGGAUUGGCCGGUCUGCCCACUUCGGACGGCUACUUCGCCGACUUGGUCGAGGCCGCGAUGCCGGUGGCCACCUCCUGCCCCCUCGCCGGCCUCGCCGGUCUCGCCGGCCUCCCGGCGACCGUGCGCAACGCCACCAACCUCAUGCUCGGACUAAGUCCACUCGAGGAGACCGACGAGGCAGAACUGCUCGCAUCUGUCUCGACGCCGACGUCGACGUCGACGUCCGCGUCGCCCUCGCCGUCGGCGGCCAUUUCGUCAGUCUCUGCAACAACCACAAGCACAACGACCACUGCUACCGCCGCCGCCGCCGCCGCCUAUCUUCUUCCCGCAGGCCUGUUGGACACGAUGCCCAUGCUGGAGGACGACACUUUACUCGCCCCAGCAACCAGAUUCACAGAGCCCGGUGAAGAAGCGACCAGUCUGUUCGGUAUGCACCCGCUCUCCAGGCUCUCCAGCCUCGGGGCCGCGUCUGUAGAACUCUCCUCCUCCUCCUCCUCUUCCUCGUCCUCUUUGGACUCUUCGCCCACAGUCACUCUUCAGCCGAGCAAGAGAUCUGUCGCCAUGGCAACCGGCAUGGGACAAGACCUGCUUCUGCUCGACCAGCCAUCCUCUUCUUCUUCUUCUUCUUCUGCUUCUGCUUCUGCUUCUGUUUCUAUUUCUGCUUCU